UGUUGCACUCAGCUGAACGACAAAAUGAUAAAACGAUUGCAUUUAUUUUUAGUUUCUUUAUACUUUGUAUGGCAAGUUGCAUAUUGUGCUCAAGAAUUAAGUCCUUGUCAAAUUCCAUUAGUCAUAAGAGGAACUUGGUUUUCUUGGGAAAAUGGAAGAAAUACAUUAACAGAAAUAAAUGCUGAAACAAUGACUGAACGUGGCAAGUGUGUUAGUAUGUUGGAAGAAUAUCAUGUUAAUUACACAUUUGUAUUCCAAAAUGAAGCAUGCUAUCACUGUGUUAAAUUAAUUGUUAGGACUGUAAAUGUAUUGCAAAAACUUGAAGCAUACUGUGUAAACUUGCCAAAUGGUGUUCGACCAACAGUGGAAAAUGUAUGUAAAGGGUUACGACCUGAUCAACAGUUAAUAACAUUAUUUUUGGAGAAUUAUGUUCCUAUAAAUUGUAGGUCAUCUCUUGAAGGUGUUUGGCAAUUUGCUUAUCAGAAUCGAUUCAGAUUUACAGGAGAAUGUAAUCACCCAGAUGCACAAAUUAGAUCAUGCCAAACUGCAGGAACACAAUUUUUGAUAACUAAUCAAAAAUUCAAUAUAACAUAUAAACAGUGUGUUGGUAUGAAGGAAACUUUUGAUGGAGUGGUAGAAUAUAGCUGUUUAGGAGAUUGGUUUGUUGAUAAAAAUCAUUUUUUCGCUGUUGCAAAUACGAAAGAAUCCAGAAAAGAUGAAAAAUAUCGAUGUUUUCUAAAAAAUCGUGAUGAUGAUCUUUUUAUUGGUGUAUCUAUAACUGCAGAAUGUAAUACAUUAAAGACAGUUGAAAGAAGUCCAGAACGUUUAAGAGUAACACCUGUUAAAGCAGAAGUGAUAGAGGCAGGAUGCAGAUUACCAGAAGAUAUGAGUGGACAAUGGAUAAAUACUGCUAAUAUUGAUGCAGAUAUUUUCAUUAAUGAAACACACAUAAUUGAAACUUGGUAUCCUGAUGAAGGUCGUUAUAGACGUACGAUUUACGUUUGUCGUGAAUCAAGAGAGACUAGAGUAAUGAUGGCUAGAUUAACUGUUGAUGGAUGCCAAAAAGAUUAUGUCUGUUUUGAUUUCGUACCUCGACAUCAUAAUGUUAUUAGAUAUCGACGUGGUAUUGCAGUUAUUAAAGACGAUUUUCAUACUGUUUGCUCUUGGGUUCAGUUUCCUAAUAAGGAAGAUUGGAAAUACGAUUUAUUCUUAGCUAAGAAUCCUGUACCAGUACGCUGUCCAGUAGCUGGAAAGUAUAUGUUCACUCAAAAAGGAGAUGUUUUAUUUGAAACUAGAAUUUUAGGAGGUGUUACUUUAUCUCCACGUCCUAAUAUUUAUUGUAAACAAAAUAUUUCAGAUUUCUCUGUAUGCGAUACUGAUCAAAAAGAAAUUGCUAUAGAUGAAACCUAUUGUUUAUCAGUAGAUCAUUUAGGAAGACCUGUAGACAUUUACAGUCUUCCGGACUAUAAAAUGAAAUGUAUUGGAUUUUGGAAAGAAAAUUUAAAGUCGUAUUUAAUAACCUACGAUGAGCUAGAUCCUUUCAGCAAAUAUCGUUGCUGGGUAUAUCAAAGAGCAGAUUUAAAUAAAGUUCUCAUGUCUCAAGCUAUUGGACCAUUUUGUGAUCUUAAACAAGAUGUUACAAGUAGUAAUUAUACUGAAGGUGCUGCAGUUGCAGUAGAAUUACAGGAAUAUGAAAGAGAACGAGAUCAAUGUCCAAUGUAUUUCGACGACGGAAGUAAUCCUUGGCUUAUAACUGAGAAUUAUAUAAAAGUAUUCCAUUAUGGUAGUAGAAGUACAAGAAUUUCGUUUUCAUGUUCAUUCCUAUUUUUAAUAAUUGGAAUACUUUAUAUACCUUUAAUUGAAACAUAG